GUGAGCUUCCUCUGUUCCUCAGCUCGUCCAUGGCGCCUCCGCAGCAGCGCAGCGCCUACGUCAAGUGCUACUCCUGCUCGUACGCCUGGAACUACAAGACCAACCAGACGUGCUACUGGUGCAGCAAAGCCUUGGCGCCGUGGACAGAUUCCCCGCCUCCAGUUCAAGGUGCCUGGGCGGCCCGCGCCAAGGCCGCAGCCCAGGCCGACUCCAGCUGCACCCAGCAGCCCAGCCCUGAGGGUGGAUGGGAACCGUGGGCUUCAUGGCCCAAGUCCCGCCGCCGCCGCGGCAAUGGCAAUGGCAAGAACCAAGAGGACGACUGGUGGGCCAACAAGAACGACACCCCCAAGGCGCGCUCCGCAGAGGACAUCCUUGCGGAGCUCCAGGCGAUCGCCCCCCACAUCGACAAGGCAGCCAUCGACGGUAUCAAGUCGCAGAUUCCGCCGCCCCAGCCGCAGAAGCCAGCCGACCUCAACGACAUCUACAGCCGCGCCCAGGCGCUCAGCUGGUACACCGAGCGCAAGGCGGCGUCGGAGGAGGCCGCCUACAAGUUGGCAGAAGCCCAGGCCGAGGCCCAAGCCGCUCUCGAUGCACUCCAAGUCGCUCGCAAGGGCGGCACUGCUACUCCCACGGCCUCGCAGCAGAACCCGACGUUCAACCUCACCAGCCUCCUCGAGGACGGUGACAUAUCCAUCGAGGCGGGUUCGGCGUUCGAUCUCCAAGGCCUUGACAUCGACGACAGCGACCGCCAGGCAUGGGAAUCCCUCCAACAGCGCUUCGCCACGGAGCUCAAGGCCAAGGUCACCGAGCUCUUCGGCAACACCGCCAGCCGCAUCAGCCAGCUCCGCGCAGAGGCCAGCACCAUGCGCACGCGCUUCGCCUCCAAGCGGCAGCGGUCCGACGAGGACGGUCACGCCCGAGAGGGAGGUGGACCGCCGCCCGCCGCCUCGGCGGCAGCAGGCGAACCCCCAGCGGCAGCCGCAGCGGACGCUGAUGGCUCUGCGGCCUCUUCGCCAGCGGCGCCAGGCGAUGAGCCUCCCGCACCUGCUGCUGGCGCUACUUCUGACGGCAGCUUCGCCGCACAGCCUGUACCAGCGAUCAACAAGGACCCCGACCUCGAAGACAAGGCGCAGAAGAUGCUCAGCCAGAUGCGCAAGCCCACCGCGACCGCCGUGGCUGAGACCAAGAGCUACGACAACCCACCGAUCAUCAACACAAUGGACGCAGUCCUCGGCCCGUUCGACGAGCUGGCCGAGUUGGACGCCCACAUCGUUUUCGCAGCCACAGCGCAGUACGCUACCGCCCCGCCCGAGACGCUGUCCUCGGUUGGGGGCGAUGAGGCGGCACAGGCCGUCGACACAGUGACAUGGGACCCAGGGCAGCCGCAGCGUGCAGCGCGAGCCGACCCUGAUGCCGCUCCGCCCGAGACGCUGUCCUCGGUAGGGAGCGAUGAGACGGCCCAAGCUGUCGACAGGCAUAUGGCACAGGUACCAGGGGAGCCGUUGCCAACGGCACACCCUGAUGCCGCCCCGCCCAAGACGCAGUCCUUGGUAGGGGGCGAUGAGAUGGCGAAAGCUAUCGACUUGACCGCUGCGAAAGGCAACACGGGUGGCGAGAUUAUCCUCUCCAGGUACCAUGUCCAGGCCACAACCUUCAACCACCUCCGCGACCUGGCCAUCUCCCAGCGCAGGCCCGACCCGUUCCGCGGCUUCACGCCCAUGGUAUGGCACAGACGCUCUGGCAACCUGGUUGUUAUUGCAGCGUAUCUGGAACCCCACAGGCAGAUCGAAGGUGCAGUGCGCGAUAAGUUACUCUCGCUGGGAGCCUUCGUUACUAUGCUCACUGACCCGUGGAUCAUCCUGGCCGAUUGGAAUAUGACACCUGAACAGCUCGCAGCAACAGAGUGGCCCGCCAAAUGGAAUGCUACCAUCGUGCGAGCGCCUGGAUCCGCCACGUGCGACAAGGGCCAGGGACUCACGCUCGACUUCGCAUUGGUCAAGACUGGCAUCGAGCACACGUUCUCCAUUCGCCAGUGCCCCACCGCCCCCUGGGCCACCCACGAGCCUAUCCCGUACGCUAUCCCGAGCGACCUCUGGGAUGAACAAUGGCAGCAAGCUGUACCCAUUCGUUGUAAGCAGCCUCGCGCGCACUUCGCGUACACUCACUGGGUGCACGACGCCGACGACCUCAACCUCAAGUACGCCAAAUGGGUCACGGCGCUCGAGAACACCAUGAUCAGCCACCACCAGAUCGACCCCAAGGAAGCCGCAGCAUUCACAGGCCGAGCCCAAGGCUACCAAUUGUCUUGGAAGAAGACGGCCGCCGCCCCAAGCCGCGUACACGUACAUGACCCUCAGUCGGAAUGGUGGGCAAUCACGCUCACCCUCAUCAAGCGCUACGCUGCGCUUCACGACAAGCCCAAGCACGCAGCGCUCAUGCAGCAGCAGGCCUCCAUCUUCCAGCAGCGCGCGGACUACUUCAACACUCACUUUCACGACCUCCAGUUCGAGAAGGACGAGGACACCAUUUUCCGCUGGUUUGCACUCGUCUGGGCCCCGCACUUGGACAAUGAGGACACUGACGACUUGGUCACUAUUACCGCUACUUGGGCCUCCAGAGCGCUCUCCGCCGCCCUCGCUAAGUCCAAGAGGGCUUACGGUGCUUGGCUCAGAAAGCAUUGGAAACACCGCCCUGGAGUACUACACGCCCAUGUCAAGCCUGCGCCCGUACGUCACAUCGAGGCCUACACGACCAACCAGACCAUCGCCGACCCCACCGUUAUCAUGGACAGCAAGAAGCAACAAUGGCAACAAGUAUGGCAGGCCACCGAGACCCCUGACGACAUCCUACUGGCGCUGUCAAAG